AUGGCUUCAACCAUCCUUCCUUUAGAAUUGGUAGAUAGAUGUAUAGGUUCUCCCAUACAUGUGAUCAUGAAGAACGAGAGAGAGUUUACAGGUACUUUGAUGGGGUUUGAUGAUUAUGUUAAUAUGGUUUUACGAGAUGUAAAAGAAUAUCAAGUAACACCUGGUGGAAUCAUAGAAACUCCUCUUGGUCAAACAUUAUUAAAUGGGAAUAAUAUCGUCAUGCUCAUUCCUGGUGGAAGAGGACCUAAAGCUAUAUGA